CAUAGAAAUAAUGUGUACUGAGCGCGAAGAACAAUGCUGGCCGGUAACUUCAAAUAAAAUGGUUUCAGUGACAAGUCAAUUUGUUUCUUUCACCAUAAGUGCAAUCAAGCAAUUGAAUUUGAUUCCAUUACCAGAGUUUUAUACAACCAGCAAGACGAAGCUCAAAAUGCCAUUGGGCAACCACGCUGCCCUCACUCCUUUAGAAGAUAUGUCAGCUGGAAGAGGUCAAGCAGGUGGAGGGUCUCUUCAAAAUUGUCAAAAAGUUUUUAUACAACGAGAUUAUAGCGAAGGUACAAUGGUUAAAUUUCAAACACAAUUCCCUACAGAAUUGGAAAGCAGACUGGACAGACAGUCGUUCGAGUAUACAAUCAAUCAAUUGAACAAUUACUUUGCCGAAGCAGAACGUGCCAGUUGUUCAACUUUCUGUGAGGGCUGCCUUGCUUGCCUUACCGGUUAUUUAAUCUUUAUAUGCACUGAAACACAUUAUGAGAAGUGCUUGCGGAAGGUCGCAAAAUUUGUUUGCGAACAGAAUGAUAGAGUUUAUAAGCCACGUGGAUUAUUGUUAACAGAUCCAACAACACGUGGUCUUAGGCUAAUAGAAAUCUCUGUAUUAGACAGACCUGCAUCGUGACUGCAUGUUAGCCGAUCUACGGAAUUCUUCAUGUGACCCGCGCAUUUCUGCCGUAUUGCCAGAAUUACCGACCUACAUGCGCUGAUGAGUGUCUUUGGACACAAUUAUGCAGCACUCUGACUCAUUCAAGUUGGUCGUGCAUAAUUAAUUUUUCAUAAAAAAACUAGCAGAAUUUUAAACUAUAACUUGCACAAUUAUUGUAAUGAAAUUCAUGUGCAAUAAGGUUUAGCUCUCUUCGAGUCUAACUUUGUACUUAGGUUUAUUGAACAUAAGUAUAUAUCAAAAGGACAAAUUAUUGCUUCAAAGUUAUGAAGCACGUAAAGUCAUAUACAUUUACUCAAAGCAAGAAUCAAAGUAUUUGCCAAGAGAAUCUCUAAACCAAAAAGAGCAAAAAAAAAAAAAAAAAAAGGAAAAGAACAAAAAAAAAGUGAAACUUGAAGAAACAUUUUCUCAGAGCUUACGAUUCAAUGUCAACGCACGAGUUUUCAUAUUCGUUAAUUGUUUUUGUUUCUUUUUUUUUUUCUUUUUUUUUUUUUAUUUUACAAAUAUGUAAUUGUUUUAUCAAGAGACUCGUGAAAAAUUUAUUCUACAUAUUAGAAUAAAUGACCUAAUACAAGCACAUGGAUAUAAAUCACAAAGCGAUGUGUAAGACUAUAAAGAAUUAUUUAAUUUUUCAUGAUCAUACAUCAGAAAAACAGAUUUCAUAUAAGACAGAUCAUAAGAGAUUAACAUAUCCCUGUUUUAUCAUUCAGGAUAUAGAGCUGGUUGCUGACUGCAUUUAUUCGAUGAUAUUCAUGGACGUAAUCUACAGUCUAAUCUAUGUUUAUUGUAAAUCAAAUCAACAAACAGAGUUUAAAUUUAGAUAUUAUUUGAAUUUUCUAUCGACUGUUAAAGAACUUUGACUUUAUACGUUCCAAUCUUUUAUAUGCAUUAUAAGAGAGAUUCUAAGUUCUUCCCCUUCCAGGAGAAAAUAUCUUCCGUAAACUGUAAAUCUUUUUAUUUAUUUAUUUAUUUUGUCUUUUUUUCUGACGAGGCAUAAGUCGACGUAUUCUUCAUUGUUUUUUUUUUUCCCCCCUAUUCUUUUUUCUUUUUUAUUAAAAUACGUAUGUACUUGAAUUUGAAAUUCACUCGCCGUAAAAAUAAUUCCUACUUGUAGAGAAAAAUUGAGAGAAAAAGAUAAGAAAUGUAAUAUAUUUGGUCGAAAUUACUGGCACACAGGUAAUUAAUUGCGCUAAGAACUCCAAGGAUUGGCUAAAAGGGAAAUGAUUGUAUUUUGAGGUGAUAAGUAGGAUAUAUAUAUAUAUAUAUAUAUAUAUAUAUAUAUAUAUAUAUAUAUUAAGUUAAUUUUUUGACGUAUAUGACAUUGUGAUCAAGGAUAAGCAUAUAGUGUGGGCGAUGUGGACAGGCGUCUCGACGUUGUCAAAAUAAAAGAAUCUUGCAUUUCGAACGAUUACAAAGGGAGACUUGGAUUUUCUUUUUUUUUCUUUUUUUUUCUUUUUUUUUUUUUUUUUUUUUAAGUUUAGCAAGAUCGUUAGGUUAAGGCUCUAAUAAUCGUCUGUGAAUAAUAUAUUUUUUUUUCUCUUUUUUUCCGGAGUGUGGGAGGGGGUUUAUUACUUUUUUUUUUUUUUUUUUUUUUUUGUUAAAUAUAUAUAUAUUUUUUUUUUUUUUACUGGUAGAUUACGUAUAUAAGUUACAGUGAUCUCAAACGAAACAACGAUACAUCACGCGUGGAAUCUUUUAUAUGUCGUAUCUAUAACGAUAUGCCGCGGUUAUAAGUUGAUCGCGUGUUUAAGAAAAAAAAGAAAAAAAAAAAGA